AUGUGCCUUACGUUUUAUCAAAAAUACGUAUCAUACUUGAUAAAAGAACACUUGAUAAUGAUAACAACAAUAUGCCACUUGAUGCCUCCAGCAAAACAUGCUACUACUACAAAUAAACGAUUUUAUAAGCACUUCCACUACUACUAAGAAGCACACUGUAUUUAUAUGCUCGAACCAGUCAGUAACUCUCAAGCAUUAAGCAUAGCUGUCAGUGUCAUAACUUCAAUAUUUUUAUUUUUGUAAUUAUUUUUAUUCUAUUAAAUAUGAAAAUAGCUAUUGUUGGUGGUGGCAUCGUUGGAUUAACAACAGCCGAAUUAAUGCAUAGAGAUUCGUUUCGUAAUGCUGAUAUCACAAUCUUAGCUUCGGAUUUUGACGAUACCGUCAGUCAUGUAGCUGCGGGAAUUUUUAGAGUCAGUCCUUCAUUCUAUGGUCCUACUGAAACUGUAACGAGAAAAUGGAUAACACAUUCUUACCUAUUUUACGAUACAAUUCGAAAAACAUAUGAUGCUCGUCAUGCCGGAAUAACCGAUAUUUCUGGAUACAUGUUCGCUAAUUCAUCUCCAGAUACUGUUAAGAAUCAUUGGCUGGAGAGCAUAGUACCGGUAUACAGAAGAGCAACGGAAGAAGAACUUCAAUUGGUUAAUGGAGAUUGGAAAUAUGGAUCAUUUUACUCGACUCUUCUCACACAAUGCAAUUUGUUUCUCCCGUGGUCUAGGCAAAGAUUGCAAAAAGCCGGGGUUACAUUCAAACAAAGGGAAUUGAAUUCUCUCGAGGAACUGACUGGCGAAUACGACAUCAUAAUGAACUGCACAGGAUUUGGAGCGCGCAAAUUAUGCGAUGACAAACGUCUAGUUUCUCUACGGGGUCAAGUGCUCAAAGUAAAAGCGCCGUGGAUCAAACUGUUCUUUUACGGCGAGCUCGACACUUAUGUCAUACCAGGUGUCGACGGCAUGGUUACUCUAGGUGGAUCGAGAAACUAUGAUUCUGAAAAUAUGAAAAUAUGUCCACAUGAAUCCGCAGGGAUACGUGAAAGAUGCGAGACGCUGGUACCAUCGUUAAGAAAUGCGGAAAUUCUACAACAGAAAGUUGGUUUCCGGCCACACAGGGAAGGCGGUGCCAGAAUUGGGGAAGGAAUUCGCAUUACCAAUGCUCACUCUAAGCCGGCUAUAAUUGUGCAUAAUUACGGACACGGUGGUUAUGGAGUUAGCAUGGCACCUGGAACUGCUAUGGAGUCUAUAGAUACAGCCAUCAAACUGCACAAAGCUACUAGCUCUAAAAUAUAAUUGUAUCAUUUUUUUCCCACUAUGUACACGCAUCAUAAAGAGUAUUACUCAAAGACGUUUUUCUACCUAUAAAUACAUCAUUUAUUUACGAAUUUACGAAAGUUAAAACGAUCUAAUACUGCGCGGUAUUGUUUGCUGAAAUGCAUUUAAGACUUCUGAAGGCCUGUUAUCACGAGUAAAAUACAUGUUUAUACUCCGUUUAGCGGAGAAAUAUAUUUCGCUGAUUGCAAAUCAUAACAUCUUGUUCGAGACAAUAAAUCCUGACAAUUUGUCAAAAUAUAA